AUGUCCCAUUACCAAGGGGAUGAUGCUGAAUACAUGGCAGAUGAAUAUGAAGUGGAAGAUGUUGAUGAUGACAUGGAUGAAGAAUUUCGUGCUAGGGAGAUGGGCUCAGACUCUGAUGUUGAUGAAUAUGACUACCCGAAUAACAAAGUAGCUGAUACGUCUGCUGCUGAUGCUAGAAAUGGAAGAGACAUCCAGGGAAUUCCUUGGGAUAGACUUAGCAUCACUAGAGAGAAAUACAGGCAAACAAGGCUAGAACAAUACAAGAACUAUGAGAAUAUACCUCAUUCUGGAGAAGGAUCAAGAAAGGAUUGCAAAACGACUAAAAAAGGGGGAUUGUACUAUGAGUUCAGACGAAAUUCCAGAUCUGUCAAAUCUACCAUUCUUCAUUUUCAGUUGAGGAACUUGGUUUGGGCUACAACAAAGCAUGAUGUCUACCUCAUGUCACAUUUUCAAGUCAUUCACUGGUCUUCCUUAACUUGCAGAAAGUCUGACGUUCUUGAUGUUUCUGGACAUGUGGCACCAAAUGAGAAACAUCCUGGAAGUCUGUUGGAAGGAUUCACGCAGACUCAAGUUAGUACCCUGGCAGUAAAAGAUAAUCUGCUAGUUGCUGGAGGGUUCCAGGGAGAACUUAUUUGCAAACAUCUAGAUCGGCCUGGAGUAAGCUUUUGUUCCAGAACAACUUAUGAUGAUAAUGCCAUCACAAAUGCUGUUGAGAUUUAUGAUAGCCCAAGUGGUGCAGUUCACUUCACUGCUUCAAACAAUGACUGUGGAGUUAGAGACUUUGAUAUGGAGAAAUAUCAGCUAUCAAAGCAUUUCCGCUUUCCUUGGCCAGUGAAUCAUACUUCCCUUAGCCCUGAUGGAAAGCUUCUAACAAUUGUCGGGGACAACCCGGAUGGUAUGUUGGUGGACUCCAGCAGUGGAAAGACCGUGACAUCCUUGUCUGGGCAUCUGGAUUUCUCGUUUGCAUCAGCAUGGCAUCCUGAUGGGAUCACCUUUGCUACUGGGAACCAGGACAAAACGUGCCGCGUUUGGGAUGUUCGGAACCUAUCCAAGUCACUUGCUGUUUUGAAGGGCAAUCUUGGUGCAAUCCGGUCAAUUCGUUACACAUCUGAUGGCCAGUAUAUGGCAAUGGCUGAGCCUGCAGAUUUUGUGCAUGUUUAUGAUGCGAAAAAUGGAUAUGAAAAAGAGCAGGAGAUUGACUUCUUUGGUGAGAUAUCUGGUGUUUCAUUCAGUCCUGACACAGAAGCUCUUUACAUUGGAGUGUGGGAUCGCACAUAUGGUAGUCUCCUUGAGUAUGGCCGUCGCCGGAACUAUUCAUAUCUUGAUUCCUUUGUUUGA